UGGUAUUAUAUUCCUCUAUCACAGGGCCAUACAGUACUGCUGAUAAGUUCUGUAAUACCGUUCGAUAGCUUUCAAUGAUUCUCUUUUCUCAAUACACGACCGAGAGCAAAGCACGUAACCAACACCCACAACAGUACGGCCCCGCGUGUGAGGGGUCAAACUAGAAUUGGUUGUGGAUAUGUACUGUUAGAAGUAGAAUUACAAAAAAUCACGGGCGAUGAGUGCGAUGAAUGCAGCGCUGGUUUUAUUUUUCCUUUUUAGAGCGAUCCUUGCUGACAGUUGUACAGAUUUGUGUGUAUGUGAAUUUGAAGUUGAGGACGUGAUAAUCAAAUGUAAAGGUGGAGGUAUAGACCACGUGCCGACGGAUCUACCUGGCAAUGUCACAGAACUGUACCUGAGCGGAACCGCCAUUACCAAAGUACACACUGGAGCCUUCAGGAUGUACCCGAAUCUCACACAAAUAUUUUUCCGAGAUCUACGAAAACGUCCAUGUUACUUAGAGAGUUUGGAGGGUGAUAGCUUUAGUCAUCUGGACAACCUCCGUGUGAUUGGAAUCAUUGGCUGUGAGAGGCUCCGUAAUAUUGGACCGGGUGUGUUCGGAGAGUUCCAGCGUCUCGAUACUAUACAGGUGUACCGGAGCGGACUUACCCGAGUACCAAACAUGGAGAGCUUCAGCACGAGGAACAGAGAUACAAAUGAAAUCAUGCAGGAGAUAGAUUUUUCAAAUAACAAGAUAGAGGCGAUCGAGGAACACGCGUUUAUGUCCAUCAAAACCAACCUUCUUAAACUGGACAAUAACAGAAUAGGGAAAAUCGAGAAAAGUGCAUUUUACGAAGCGCAGAUUGUAAACCUGCAGAUCAGCGACAAUCCAGCGCUCACAGUUCUAGAGGAUGGCGCCUUCUCGGCAAUCCAUGAUUUAAAGAAACUAGACUUGUCCCGAACCGCCAUCACGAGCCUGCCCGCAUCCGGGAUAUCGGAGGUUGAGGAGCUGAUAUUGAAAGACACGAAAUCCCUACGUCACUUCCCGUCCGUAUGGACGUUCAAAAAAAUCAAAAAGGCACGGCUGUACUAUCCUCAUCAUUGCUGUGCCUUUCUUAUCCCGGAGAAGGAAAGUCCUGAAAAACGUCGAGAUCAAAAACAGCGUGCGUAUGAAGAGGCUCAGCGCCGGAUACAUCAGGACUGUGCCACAUCCACGACACCCACCACACAUCAUCAGACAGACAGUACUACCCCGUUUGGACGGCGACGGCGGAAGCGGAAAUAUGAUGAUCUUUUAGGGAACGAUGUAACAGACAAUCUGACAGAGCUCGACUUCGAGGAAAUGUGGGGCGUUCUGCCGACGGACGUUCCCUCUCGUAUCGAUACACUCCAUUGGUAUCAACCACCUGUCCCAGAAAACAAACGUCAGCUGCAUGUAAAGUGUGGAGUCAUUUACCGCGAGGAAAACUACAGAGAGGUGGAUUGUACGCCGACACCGGAUGCGUUCAAUCCGUGCGAGGAUGUCAUGGGGUAUGAGUGGCUCCGAAUAUUUGUUUGGUUUGUUGUCAUGGCAGCAAUCUUUGGUAAUAUCGUGGUCUUGUUGGUGCUCGCUUCAAGCAAAAGAAAAAUGACCGUACCAAAAUUUCUCAUGUGUAAUCUAGCUUUUGCUGACUUUCUUAUGGGUAUUUAUUUGUUACUACUGGCAUCUAUCGACGUUCACACACUUGGAGAAUAUUUCAACUAUGCUAUAUUGUGGCAAAACGAAGGCGGAUGUCAAACAGCUGGCUUCUUGACCGUCUUUUCGUCCGAGUUAUCCAUUUUUACACUUACCGUCAUUACACUGGAACGUUGGUAUGCUAUCAGCCACGCCAUACAUCUUACAAAGAGGCUUAAACUGCGUCAGGCCGUUUGUGUGAUGGCGGCCGGCUGGCUGUAUGCUAUCAUUAUGUCCAUGCUUCCUCUAGUAGGUAUCAGUAACUAUGGUAACGUCAGCGUAUGUCUACCAAUGCAGAUUGACAACGCGACUGAUCAGGCUUAUGUCAUAUCCUUACUCAUGAUCAAUGGCGUUGCGUUCCUUUGCAUCUGCUGUUGCUACAUCAAUAUGUAUUGGCAGGUACGAAACAGCGAUUCCACGGCACGGAGUAACGACGCGACUAUUGCCAAGCGGAUGGCUAUGCUUGUCUUUACUAACUUCGUCUGCUGGGCUCCAAUCGCGUUCUUCGGACUUACAGCUUCCGGUGGCCUCCCGCUCAUCGACAUAUCGAACUCGAAAAUCCUUCUGGUAUUCUUCUAUCCCUUGAACUCUUGUGCAAAUCCAUUUUUGUAUGUAAUAAUCACUAAACAAUUUCGAAAAGACAUGUUUGCGAUCCUUGAUAAAUACGGCAUUUGUAAGGAUAAGGCGAGCAAAUAUAAAUUAACUGUGACAAGUAAAUCUUUAACUCAGUCUAGAAAAGAUAGCUUGGCGCUACAUAACGUUAUUCAUCCAACAAACAGUUCCAUCACUCAAGUCUCCAUGAGUUUCAAAGGCUCAAAAAAUUCACUCAAGAUUAGUACUGGUGGUCCGUCACCAAAUCUUACGCCUAAGGGAACACCAAAAGACGCAGAAUCCCCAAUCGUUACUCAAGUGCGGAACGAUCUAAUAGACAGUCAGUGUGAACGAAAACUUAGUAUUGUCCGAGAAACAAACGUAUCAUCCGAUGAGCUAACAAGGAGGUACUCGGAUUCUCAAGAGACGAGCACCCCGCCAUCCUUCACAAGAAGUCCAAGCGAAUAUGUCAUCUUUUUCCCUGGCAGUAGAAAGAGCAGUGGGCAUCAAGGGCGUCCUUCGUAUGGUCAUCAGUUUAGCUCAGAUACCUACUCGUCUAGUCAAAGUGGCAAUUUCACAGAAACAUCGUACCUAAGCGAUGUCUACACCGAUGCCUCCAAUACGUGGGAACUCCGUGAGGACGUUCCCGGGUCGACUACUGCAGACACGUUUUAUCCGAUCUCUGAAGAAAUCUCGGAAUCUCUCCCUCUGAACCACAGUCUACAAGUUACAAGCGACGUGGUUUUGGAAAGUGAAGACGAUGACGACGAUGAGGGAAAGGUUCGCCAAGCUUUACUUGGACAAACUGGCGAGGACGGAUCCAGAGAACCACGCCACAGUCUCACGACUAGAUUCGUUCACUUCAAGAUGGCGGAUGAUGACGAGGGUAUUGACGUCACGGAGAAGAGAUGAGUUCCUAGAGAGACAGGGCAUUAUUUCUACAUUAUUUCUAUUAAAUAAUGAACAUUCCUGCCAAGCGGUGUCCUCACGAAUCUGAAGAAACUGCUCUAGCCAUAAUAUGGCGAUCGCCCUGUGACAGACCGCUUCCGUCUUAAAAAUUUACUUGUUUGGACAUAAGAACGGACACCAUAUCCGAUAUUCCGUUGUUGUUUUUUUGUGUUGUCGUUUUCAUGUGUUGUAAACUGUCAUUCGUCCGUGAAUAUAUAUUUGUUUCCAUACUGAAAUCGUUUUAUCAUUCCAAAUAGCCAGAUCGUGUCAUAAUACUUUGAUUAGGUGAAUGUUUCGUUUAGAAUGUGUAAAUGUGUUGAUACAGUACUCAUUAUUACAACUGCAAUUGGAAGCGUUUUAAACUUCACCGGCGACGCCCGCCAUGUAAAUCCAGUCUAAAUCCAGAUAAUGUCGUUCUGAAGACGAAGACUUUGAAGGUUAAUGUCGCCAAUCAUGUUACUAGUAGUCGAGCCAAUUAACCUCCAUACCAUACAUGGAAAUAUAACACCCGGUGAUGUUAUGAUGUCGAACAUAUAACUUCGUAAAUAUCGUCUUCGCCAACUUGCAUCUCUCGGAAACUUGCAAGUUAUUUUCCUAUCAACAGCUGACAUCCAUGACAAAAACCACGAGAAUGGAAACAAUCUGUUGACUAUGGAAUCAACCAUACCAUGUUAAAACUGUGGUUAGGGGUGAAAUUAGUCAAACGUUCGUCAUAGUAAAUGCAUGUGUACAGCGAUAUAACCACACUUCUAACUGCUCGGGAGUUCUCUUAAUGAGUUAUUUGAACUAAAGGUGCAACAAUUAUUAAUCGCUAAAUAAUUUCAGUAUAGCCUGUACAGUAAUGAUUAUUUUGUUAAAAGAAAAUUAAAAUAGAAAUUGCUUUAAAAAGAGCUUUUAAUUGUUGUUGGCAUAACUACUUAGUUUAGCUUACUUUGAGUCACAUGGUUUGAUACAAUAUAUGCUGUAUUUCUGUGUUCAAUUGUGUGAGUUUCUAGUCAAGGCAUACUGUAUCAUCCUAUUGCCAUCGGUAUCAGUUUAAUGGUCUACUCUAUGUAAGGGAGAAGUGGUAUCUAUUGUAUCACUGGACAAGGGCACUAGCGCAGAUUUUUAAUAUAUAUGAGAUGUUUGUAUAUUGUUGAAAUAUGACUAUCAGAGUUAUUGUUAUGUAAGUGAUUUAAAAACAUUUAAUAAAGUUGUAUUUUUGACGUACUACGAUA